UAAUGGUUUCUUUGCAUCUCAUCCCAAAGGGAAGGAAGGGAUGGUGGCAUUGUUGAUCGUUGCAUAAAGCAAGGCUGAUCAUUGAUGCAAUGCCAUUCCAAUCGUGAAUACACACACCACACCACACCACACCACUAUGCGAUUUCAUCACUCCAUUUGAUCGCCAAAAGCUAUUCCAAUUUCUCCUUUGGGUUUAUUUACGGGAGAAAAUGGGGCCGAUAUCUUAUAUAUUAAUUGCAUUCCCUUGCACAAUUGGGGCCAUUGCUUUGGCGCUUCUUCACAUUUAUAGGCAUCUUUUGAAUUAUACUGAACCUACCUACCAACGCUUCAUUGUCAGAAUUAUUUUUAUGGUUCCGGUCUAUGCAUUGACAUCUUUCCUGUCACUUGUUUUCAACGAGAGUUCAAUCUAUUUUAAUUCCAUUAGAGAAAUAUAUGAAGCGUGGGUUAUAUACAAUUUUCUAUCACUGUGUCUUGAAUGGGUGGGCGGUCCAGGUGCUGUUGUUUUAAGUCUUACGGGACGUGUUCUUAAGCCCAACUGGUGUUUGAUGACAUGUUGCUUCCCUCCAAUUCCACUAGACGGACGUUUUAUACGGAGAUGCAAGCAAGGGUGUUUGCAGUUUGUUAUUCUUAAGCCUAUCUUGGUGGCAGUUACAUUCAUUCUGUAUGCAAAGGGGAAAUACCAAGACGGAAAUUUCAGUGCAAAGCAGUCGUACCUGUAUAUCACAAUCAUAUACACGAUUUCAUACUCUAUGGCGCUGUAUGCGUUGGCCUUGUUUUAUGUAGCGUGCAGGGAUUUGCUACAACCCUUUAAUCCGGUUCCGAAAUUCAUCAUUAUCAAGAGCGUCGUCUUUUUGACCUAUUGGCAGGGUGUUUUGGUUUUUCUUGCUGCAAAAUCUGGACAUAUAAAAAACGUAGAGGACGCUGCUGAAUUUCAGAGCUUCAUAAUUUGCGUUGAGAUGCUUAUUGCAGCCUUGGGCCAUCUUUAUGCUUUUCCGUAUAAGGAAUAUGCCGGAGCCAACAUUGGCGCUUCAUGUGGAUUUGGAGCUAGUCUUGCGCAUGCUUUGUCAUUAACCGACUUCUAUGAAGACACUGUUCACCAGUUUGCACCGGCUUACCAUGAUUACGUACUCUACAAUCAUACUAAUGACACUGGUGGUGGUGGUGGUGAUGAAGGUGCAAGAAAGUACCGGACUAAGACCUUUGUCCCAACAGGUUCUGAGAUGGAAAAUGUACGCAAAAACAAACAAGCCAAGUCACCCACGGCCCUGAGCCCCAAAGGAACAGCAAAACCAGAGACAAUGAAAUCAAAUUCAGCUUCUACACCACAUGACCUCACACUCAUUGACAUGGAUAUGCAGGCGCCUCCUACUAAAGAUAGUCGGAACAAGUGAUUAAGACUUGGUCAUGAAAUACGCUACUAGGGUUGUAUGCGUAGUGAACAUAGUCUUUAUAUUGAUUUUUAUGUGGUGCAUAGUUGUACAUGCAAAAUCGUCAUAUGCGUUUGGAUUUUAGAGUUUUAUAACACGGGAUGAAGUUGACAGGUCGUUUCGCCCA